GCUCCACCCAGACAGCCCGAGCAGAAAAGCCGCAGAAAGGAAGCGACGCUCGGCUGCAGAGGCGCGGAUGUGGACGGGAGGAAAUGCUUGGCAGCUCAGCCUGUUGUCUCCACCUCCUCUCCUCUCCUCUCCUCUCCUCUCCUCCUGCAGCUCCCAUCCGACCCGCUGUUCCCUCAGAGCGCCGGCGGCCCGGAGAGGAGCAGCCGAGCGGUGACGCGCUGAUCGGGGCAGGACGCUCCACAGGAAUGCGGCGGCGGCGCUGAGGCGGCGGACGAACAUGGCUUCGGUGCGGCUGCUCGCCAAAGUUGGGACGGGACUUUGGAGAAGUGUGCAGCCUUUUCAGGGCGCCUCGGCGGCUACGGCUCUCCGCAAGGUUCAUCCCAGACAUCCUUCACUGGGACACUGUGCAGCUCUCUUCUCCAGCUCCACUGCUCCCCCUGGUGACGUGUCUUUGAAGCACAAACAUGGCCGCCUGGUUCUGGAGGUGCCGUUGCCGUCCAGGAACGAGAAGUGUCUCUUCUACCUGCGGCCCAUGCUGAUGACCGUAGGCGACCUGAUCGCCGAUCUGCAGAGAGAGGACACAGGAGCGACCGCCUCUCUGCUCGCUGAAGACGGCCAACGUGUUGCCAACACGACGCUGUUGGACACCCUGCUGGAGAAGGACUUCCAGCUCGUCAUCAACGAAGACGUUUACAGCGUCAGCGCUCCUGAGAAAGUGAUCCCCAGCAGUGAGCAUGCCAGGGACCUGGAGGACAUGAAACACGUGGUGCACCUGCUGCACGCAGCGCUCCACCUGCCUGAACACCAGCUGCUGCAGGAGAGGCAGCUGCUGGAGAGGCUGGACAGCAUCAAGCAGGAGCUCUCACCCCUGGAGAAGACCAAGGCCCAGCUGUCCCGGGCUGCAGAGUUUCACACGUCCAGGGCGGUCUGGACCGGCAUGGCCCUGCUGUCGGUGCAGGCCGGCGCCCUGGGCUGGCUCACCUGGUGGGUGUACUCCUGGGACGUCAUGGAGCCCGUCACCUACUUCAUCACCUACGGCACCAGCAUGGGAGUCUUUGCCUACUACAUCCUCACCAAGCAGGAUUAUGUGUAUCCAGACGCCAAGGACAGACAGUUUCUACGCUACUUUUAUAAGGGGGCCAGGAAGAAGCAAUUCAACGUGGAAAAAUACAACAGACUGAAGGACGAACUUGAACAGGUGGAAGAGGACUUAAGACGUCUGAAAUAUCCAAAUCAACUUCAGCUCCCGCUGGAACAGAUCCAGAUGAAGCCGUAAGCCAAGCUGGAAGGAUUGAGACUCAAACGGAGCCAAAUGUUUGUUUUAUUCUGAUAAUGCCAUAUUUUUACCUUGAAAUCUAUCAUUCUGUAUUAGGAACAUUCUUCAUACUGAUGCCAUAUUGUAUCCUCAAUAAAUUCACAAACAUUAACGAUUAAAGUUUGCAUUUCC